AACAUCUGAAUGUUAAAGGACUCAGAACAAGUGUUACUAAGCCUGCAUUUUUUUAUCUGUUCAAACAUGAUGUGUUUUCUGCUCAUCAUUUCGUCAAUUCUGGUAGUGUUUGCAUUUGUUCUUGGAAAUGUUGCCAAUGGCUUCAUAGCUCUAGUAAAUGUCAUUGACUGGGUUAACACACGAAAGAUCUCCUCAGCUGACCAAAUUCUCACUGCUCUGGUGGUCUCCAGAAUUGGUUUACUCUGGGUCAUGUUAUUCCUUUGGUAUGCAACUGUGUUUAAUUCUGCUUUAUAUGGUUUAGAAGUAAGAAUUGUUGCUUCUAAUGCCUGCGCUGUAAUGAACCAUUUCAGCAUGUGGCUUGCUGCUAUCCUCAGCAUAUUUUGUUUGCUCAAGAUUGCCAAUUUCUCCAACCUUAUUUUUCUCCACCUAAAGAAGAGAAUUAAGAGUGUUGUUCUGGUGAUACUGUUGGGGCCCUUGGUAUUUUUGAUUUGUAAUCUUGCUGUGAUAACCAUGGAUGAGAGAGUGUGGACAAAAGAAUAUGAAGGAAAUGUGACUUGGAAGAUCAAAUUGAGGAAUGCGAUACAGCUUUCAAACUUGACUGUAACUACUCUAGCAAACCUCAUACCCUUUACUCUGAGCCUAAUAUGUUUUCUGCUGUUAAUCUGCUCUCUUUGUAAACAUCUCAAGAAGAUGCGGCUCCAUAGCAAAGGAUCUCAAGAUCCCAGCACCAAGGUCCAUAUAAAAGCUUUGCAAACUGUGACCUCCUUCCUCAUGUUAUUUGCCAUUUACUUUCUGUGUAUAAUCACAUCAACUUGGAAUCUUAGGACACAGCAGAGCAAACUUGUACUCCUGCUUUGCCAAACUGUUGCAAUCAUGUAUCCUUCAUUCCACUCAUUCAUCCUGAUUAUGGGAAGUAGGAAGCUAAAACAGACCUUUCUUUCAGUUUUGUGGCAGAUGACAUGCUGAGUGAAAGAAGAGAAACCCUCAACUCCAUAGAUUCACAAGGGGAGCAUCGUGGGUCUUCUAGCAGAAAACAAACUGAUGGUGUCUGGAACAUUUUAUAUUUCUAUCAGUUUUUCCACAGUGUUUGUAUAUGGAGUCUUGCUCUGUUGUCCAGGCUGGAAUGCAGUAGCACAAUCUUGGCUCACCACAACGUUCACCUCUGGGGUUCAAGUGAUUUCCUUGCGUCAGCCUCCUGAGUGGCUGGGACUCCAGGCAUGCACUACCACACAUGGCUAAUUUUUUGUAUUUUUCUUUUUUUUUUUAGUAGAGAUGGGGUUUCACCAUGUUGGCCAUGCUGGUCUCGAACUCUUGACCUCAAGUGAUCCACUGCCUCAGCCUCCCAAAGUGCUGGGAUUAUAGACGUUCAUGAUGAAUUCUUAUUUUAUGUUUAGUAUAAAGCAAAUACAAUUAUUGUUAGAUAACAAUGCACAAAAUAAAAUUCAAGGGUGAAAAAUAUAUCUAGUGUACAUUUUUAUGUGUAUCAAAAGCAAUACUGAGGAAUAUUAUAUUUAAUAUAGUAUGUUAAUAGCUUAGAAAAAAAUCAUUUCUAUAAAAAGGAUGAAGAAACAUGAUCAUGAGCUCUUUUCAGUGCUGUUAUAAGUUUCCAUAUGCAAUUAGAAAAGUCAUCUCUUCCAGUUUUUGAAUUAAACAAAAACCUUUUUGAAGUUGAGAUCUGAUGUUGUAUAUUUUAGUUUUUUGUCUAAGCCACCUCUGAGCUCCUGAAUUGUCAAUUUCCUCCUUUAUCUUCCACCCUUAAAAUUCCUCAAAAAGCUCAAAUUUUCCUUACUUUAAAAAGAAGCUCAAUCUAAAGAGGGUAUAGAAACUAUGGCAUCUGUGAAAUCUAUAUAUUGAUGGUAGGAAAUGUCUUAAAGAUAUGUUUUAUUAUAAUCUUGGUGUAAAUAAUGAAAUGAGAGAAAGUGUGUUGACAUAUUCACUAAUAGCAAGUUCUGUUACAAGAAGAAAAUGUAUAACCUAGUUCAACAGCUAAAUUCUGUGUGACUGUAUUAAUUUCUGGUGUUAUGCUAUUUUAACAAUAUUAUCUAAACCUUAAGAUAAA